AAAGUUCACAGGAGAGAUCUAUUCCAGAAGCAGCUCAGGAUCUGAUGACAAAUGAUUAUGCCUCCCUUCCAAAGAAGCACAUCUUUGUAUCUGGAGUGAAGAUUUUCUAUGGUUCCCAGACUGGUACAGCAAAGGGAUUUGCGACAAUUCUCACCAAAGCAGUGACCUCCCUAGAUCUGCCAGUGGCAGUUAUUAAUCUGAAAGAAUAUGAUCCGGAUGAUCAUCUGGUAGAAGAGAUCGCUAGUAAGAGCGUCUGUGCCUUCCUGGUUGCAACGUAUACUGACGGCAGACCCACGGAGAGUGCAGAGUGGUUCUGCAAAUGGUUACAAGAGGCGUCCAGUGAUUUUCGAUUUGGCAGAACUUACCUGAAGGGUAUGAGAUACGCUGUGUUUGGCYUGGGGAAUUCUGCCUACGAAAGCCACUUCAACAAGGUUGGCAAGAAUGUUGAUAAGUGGCUCUGGAUGCUUGGUGCUCGUCGUGUGCUGGCCCGAGGAGACGGGGACUGUGAUGCAGUUAGAAGCAAACAUGGCAGCAUCGAGGCCGACUUCAGAGCCUGGAAAACCAGGUUCAUUUCCCGGUUGCAGGCUCUUCAGAAAGGAGAGACGUCCUGUGGGGGCAACUGCAGGAGAGGCAAGUGCGAAUCCAAGCAGCAUGGCACAGAGGAUGAGGAGCCAGAGCCUCACGCCCUGGCUGCCCAGCAGCCCAGGGACACUGAGGAGGAAGAGCCUUGUGAGAGCAGCAGUGAGGAAGAGUUUGGUGCUGGCGAACAUCAGGGCCCGAAUUCUGUUGUUGAUGUUGAGGAUCUUGGAAAAGUGAUGGAUCUUGUGAAGAAAGAAAAGAGAGAAGAGGAGCAGCAGGAAGAGAAAGGUCUGUUCGGGAGCAGAGGGAAGAAGGAAGGCGGUGAAGGGAGAGCCAUGCUCACGCCUGCUCUCCGGGAGGCCCUUACCAAGCAAGGUUAUCAGUUGAUUGGGAGCCAUUCCGGGGUGAAACUUUGCAGGUGGACAAAGUCAAUGCUCCGGGGGAGAGGAGGCUGCUACAAACACACUUUCUAUGGCAUCGAGAGCCACCGCUGCAUGGAGGCCACCCCGAGUCUGGCGUGUGCAAACAAGUGUGUCUUCUGUUGGCGGCACCACACCAACCCUGUGGGCACCGAGUGGCGGUGGAAGAUGGACCAGCCUGAAAUAAUCUUGGAGGGCGCUGUGGAAAACCACCUGGACAUGAUGAAGCAGUUCAGAGGUAUUCUGCAGAGGGACAGCAGUACCACUUGGAGCCUGAAGCAGUGUGGAGUACCAGGUGUCAAAGCAGAGCGGUUUGAAGAAGGAAUGGAGGUUAAGCACUGUGCACUGUCCCUCGUGGGAGAACCGAUAAUGUACCCUGAGAUCAAUAGGUUCUUGCAGCUACUCCACCAGCGCAAAAUCUCCAGUUUCCUCGUCACAAACGCACAGUUCCCUGAAGAAAUCAGAAAGCUCAAGCCGGUCACUCAGCUGUAUGUCAGUGUGGACGCCAGCACCAAAGACAGCCUGAGGAAAAUCGACCGCCCGCUCUUCAAGGACUUCUGGACCAGGUUCCUGGACAGUUUAAAAGCCUUAGCAGAGAAGCAGCAGCGCACUGUCUACCGGCUGACGCUUGUGAAGUCUUGGAAUGUGGAUGAACUCCAGGCCUACGCUGAGCUCGUGUCCCUGGGGAGCCCUGACUUCAUUGAAGUGAAGGGUGUCACCUACUGUGGAGAGAGCGCGGCCAGCAGUCUCACCAUGGCCAACGUGCCCUGGCACGAGGAGGUGGUACGCUUCGUCCGMGAGUUGGUGGGUCUGAUCCCCGACUACGAGAUUGCCUGUGAGCACGAGCACUCCAACUGCCUCCUGGUAGCGCACAGACGGUUUAAGAUCGAGGGAGAAUGGUGGACGUGGAUCGACUACAGYCGCUUCCAGGAGCUCGUCCAGGAGUACGAAGAUAGCGGUGGGUCAAAGUCCUUCAGUGCAGAGGACUACAUGGCCAAAACCCCUCCCUGGGCUUUAUUCGGUGCCAGGGAAAGAGGCUUUGAUCCCAAGGACACAAGACAUCAGAGAAAGAACAAAUCCAAGGACGUUUCUGGAUGUUGAGCUUAUCUGAAUUCAGGAUGCGGGAGGACAGAAGYGAGGCAGCCCCCAGGUCCUCGACCCUGCAGAUCUCGUCUCCCCCAUGGCUGUCCUGUGGGGCUGGAGACGGCCACACACUUGGUGCSUUGGAGCAGCUCCUCACUUCUUGCCUGGACUCUGUCCCUCCCCGCUGUAUUUCUGAGAGGAGGUUGUUUGGGGAGGAGGGCAGGGAAGAGCCAUGACUAGGAUUUAACUAGUGGUUUUGAAUCAGUCUUUGCGAGAUGUCUGGAGUGUCACUCAUGGGAGCCUUGUGCAGCGUGGACACUGGCCCCACCUUGGGCCUUGGGCUUCUUGUGCGGUGGCCCCUGGUUACAGAGAUUGGCUCCAGCCCUUCUCACAGCCUGCGAAGCCUGCCAGCUGUCAGUUUGCAGAUCUCUAAGUAUUGCAUUGAUUACAUCACUAUGCACCACUGGAGCUUUAGGAAGCUCUUCUGGACCCCAGUCCCACCGUCACCAUGGGACACAGUACACGGCCACACAGAGCAGAGGCGUCCUCUUGCCAGAGGGGUGCCUCCCAAGGACCCUGGGCCAUCUGCCUCCCCUGCGCCCUGGGCUCCUGCUUGGCAAGGCCGCUGCCUGGGCCUCCUCUUGCCCCUGGGGUCCCUCCUGUACUCUGUGGCCCUCGCUGAGUCACACAGUCUGUUCUUGAAGGCUCAGGCUUUCUCUARUGGAAAACAACGCACUCAAUAUUUUUUUUUCAAGUUGUCAAAAGUUAUUUUAAAAUUCUUUUAUCUAAAAAUAAAUGAAAUGAUCUUUUCUG